UUGAGUGUUUAAUUAGGAAAUCAAUACUUAAUUAGAAUUAUGAUAUAAAUGGUAGAAUUGGAAUUUUUGGGAUAUAUUUUUGUCGAUUCCAUUUCUAUUGUGAUGCUGGUACAUUCGAGAGAGGAAUAAUGUUUUGGUGAGAAUAGGAUUGUCUUGUCUGAUAACAGUGUGUUGGUCUGAAACGUAAGUUUGUAUAUUGAGUAACAAGAGACCAACUCAACUCAUAAAGUGUAAACAUUCUUUGGAUUUGUUUCCUACUGAGGCAAGACUUCUUAGUCGUAGAGCUCCAAGAGUCCUAGACUCACCUGUUACGACAAUUACGAAGAAGAGGAGGAACAAGAAUACUUAAACUAUAGACCUCUUGUUAAUUCGCUUUUUGACGUGGCAUGGUGGGCUAUAGCUGCAGUGCACAUGUGACUAUUUUAAAACUAAUAACAACAGUUAAUAUUGGAAUGUGCUAUAAGAACGAAUGGCUUAGCAAAAAGUGGUUUCCGUAGAAGUAAAGGUUCACGUGUUCGUACCAUGGCAGCAUUUGCAGGAAAAACUGAUCAACUCGUAGACAACUUGUGUAUUCUUAUUUUGGCAUAACCUAGAUCUACUCAGAAAACCCAAGGAAGACGGAACUUCAUGACUGUUACCAUGGCGAUGACAGACGCUAUGGACGAGACGGACUACUCAUCCGUUGAUUUUAACCAGGUGAAUGACGGUCCUCACAACUUUGACAGCUACGACGCCAGCCUGAGGCGCCACCCUCCCUGGCUUACGCAAGGUCACUUUGUCUAUCAUCUGGUCAGAGAGGCAGACGACAAGCUGGGUUUUGUCAAAGACAGACAUGGUGAACCAAUCUGUUCUCCGAGAAAGCUUCAAGAUCUAUGCCAGUUUGAAAUGGUGUCUCUCCCGCGCAGACUUGAAAGCUUGAAGUUGAACUCUCUGCCCUCUGACCUCUACCCUUGCCUAAUCACGGAGGCAAUACUCCAGCGGCAAGUGAAGUCGAUAUCUUACCUUAUAUCUACCUGGCCUUUCACACACCUGCACCUCCAGAAGGUGGUUCCCAAAGAGGAGAUCAUCUGUAACGACUACCUGACCUUGUCAACAGAAGGAGAAGAUGGUAUGUCUUUAAUGGACAGUAUAUCUAUUGGUCUACUCAGUCUGAAACCACAUUCAAGGCUCAAGUGCAUCAAUUUCACGGGAUUUAUGCACGAUCGUCGACUGUGCAGGGAACUACUAAGGCUGCCAAUAGUCUGGAUGAGACCUGUAGAUAGACAGUCUGGGUAUCUUCACAGUUUGUUAAGGAAAACAUUAGCCAUCAGUAAAGACAAAGUGCAAAGAUAUUUAAACAGAAUCUCUUGCAUUUAUGCCAAUAUUGACCUGCUCGUCUGCCAUGGACACAUGUUUGGGCCUGUAACCAUAGCUUUAGACUGCAAGUUAACUAUAGACGAUGUGCCCAUUGGCUUGGCUCUGCAAGGCUCCUCCCCUUUCCGGUACGUCUGCCAGAGAGCGUGGCUAGAAGUACUUCCGGAUGUCUGUCUGCCAGUAUCUUUGCUAAAUAAAGUUUUAGACCCCAGAUAUCUAACUCACCUGGAGAUCGAAGACUCCGACGUCUGCUCUGAGCCAUCCAGAUGGGAGAAUAUUCUAGAGGGCCUGUCCUAUCUCUCAGAGUUGCAGUGUUUGUCCAUGCCCAAUACAGUUCACGUGCCGUUAUUGUCUAGCGCCAUGUCACAGUUGAGCACAGUGUUGAACAGUCUAGUCAACUUAAAAAAGUUGAAUUUGGCCUCCUGUACAUUGAGGGAUUCGCUGGACACUUUCUUUGCUUCCUUCUCUCGGGGUCUGACCUAUUUAAACCUCCGAGAUUGUAGACUCACGCCAUCGGAUAUUGGCGCCCUUUUAGGGUGGUCUGGGGUGUCGACGCUCAGGGAAUUGAACCUAAGCAGAAAUAACCUUACCUCUUUAUCUUCCCUGAUAGCCUCGUUGUUGAUUCGAAUGGAAUACAUCACGUGUUUCUCCGUGUCUUUCUGCUCGCUGACCACUGAGGACAUACGCUACAUUGUCCGGCACUGUAUGGACUGUAGCCAACUCAAGGUUCUGUGUGUCCAGUCAUUCAUUCCCCCACCCCAUUAUGAGGUGAAGGGAAUUCUCGAAGACUGCGCCAAUAUCACUACAUUGCAGAAGUGUGUUGUGUUGCCAGAAGCCUAUGCUUUCCCAGGAACACACAUAUCGCAAAGGGCUGAGAAUCACCACAGAACAGUGUCGCUCUGCCAUCAGUACCUAGAACAACUUGGAAGAUCGGACAUUGAGUUAGAAUGAUAGUUCAGCCCUUUUCUAUCAGUUUGGUUAAAUUAUGCUUGAGACAUAA